AAACACAAGGAAUAAAAACAUUGUAGCAGCUGAAAUGGCCGGAGGUGGUGGCAUUGCUCCCGGUACGGGCAAGCAGUAUCCCGGAGGCAUGACGUGUAACGUCUUCUGGACUUGUAUAAUUGCCGGAACUGGAGGAUUAAUUUUCGGAUAUGAUCUUGGCAUUUCAGGUGGAGUGACAUCAAUGCCGAUAUUUUUAGAGAAAUUUUUUCCAUCUGUGUACCGGAAAGAAGAGGGCAUAACAUCGACGAAUCAGUACUGCAAAUUCAACAGCCAGAUUCUGACAUUGUUUACGUCGUCGUUGUACCUUGCUGCACUUGUGGCUUGCUUGGUUGCUUCAUGGACCACCAGAAAAUGGGGGCGCAAGAGGUCCAUGCUUAUGGGAGGCUUUCUUUUUCUUGCUGGUGCAGUUGUCAAUGCCGCGGCUCAGAACGUAUUGAUGCUCAUAAUUGGUCGUGUUCUUCUCGGAUUUGGCAUUGGGUUUGCUAAUCAGUCUACACCGAUCUAUCUGUCAGAAACGGCUCCAUAUAAAUACCGUGGGGCUCUGAAUAUGAUCUUCCAGAUGGCAAUUACUAUUGGAAUUCUUGUUGCUGAUAUUGCCAACUAUUAUUUUGCGAAAUUGGUAUGGGGCUGGCGUUUAAGCUUAGGCUGCGCUGGUGUUCCGGCAUUGAUUUUCAUAAUCGGCUCGUGGUCUCUCCCAGAUACCCCGAAUUCCCUUAUUGAGCGAGGAAAUCAUGAUGAAGCUAGGAACAGGCUGCAAAAGUUUCGCGGAAAUGUUAACAUUGAGGAGGAGUUUAAUGAUCUUGUAGCGGCUUGUGAAGAGGCGAAAAAAAUCAAGAAUCCGUGGUCUAAUAUAUUCAGGAGAAAGUAUCGGCCUCAAUUGACGUUUGCAGUUUUACUUCCGGCGUUUCAACAAAUGACUGGGAUGAAUGUUUAUAUGUUUUAUGCUCCGGUUUUGUUUAGAACAAUCGGGUUCGGGAUGAGUGCUUCUCUGAUGUCUGCGUUGAUUACUGGCGGGGUUAAUGCUGCAGCGACUGUGGUUUCCAUUGCUUCGGUUGAUAAAUUUGGACGGAGGUUUUGGUUCCUCGAGGGUGGCAUUCAGAUGAUUAUUUGUCAGAUUAUUGUUUCUGUAGCCAUUGGAGUUAGAUUUGGUAUAAGUGGAAAUCCGGGAGAACUCCCAAGAUGGUAUGCAAUCCUUCUUGUUUCCGCGAUAUGUGUAUAUGUUGCAGGCUACGCGUGGUCAUGGGGACCUCUAUGCUGGUUAGUCCCUAGUGAGAUCUUCCCACUUGAAAUCCGCUCAGCUGCACAGAGCAUCAACGUCUCUGUGAACAUGAUCUUCACUUUUGUCAUUGCUCAAAUCUUUAUGUACGCCCUCUGCCAUCUGAAGUUCGGGCUGUUCAUCUUGUUUGCCUUCUGUGUUGUGGUCAUGAGCAUUUUCAUAUACAAGCUUUUUCCUGAGACAAAGGGGAUACCAAUUGAAGAGAUGGCUGGGAUUUGGAAGAAACAUCCGUAUUGGAAAAAAUUUGUAACGUCUACUAAACAUGAUUGUGAGUGUGGUAGAGCUAAAGGUUCUGGCAAUGGGAAAAGAGUGACGAAUGGCAAGGAUUCUCCCAAGGUCUCUAUUGAUGGAAUUGAUUCUCUAAACGGUGGUGAGUCUCCCAAGGAGCGAGAGUGCGAGUUGGAGACAAGGAAGGUGAAAAAAUUAGAUGAGAAAGAUCUGUGUUGAUUAGUCUUCCUGGUUUAGAAUAAUAUCUGUAGUACUUAAGUUUUAGUUUUGGUGAUGAACUUGUGGAUUUUCUUUUUAUAGUAUGUUGUUAGGAUUUUGGUUCGGAAGGAUAUUAGUAUUUGUAUCUUGAUCGAAACUUAUUGCUU